UGGGGAGCGGAAGUCGGCGGGGUGUGAUGGCGGCGGAGCAUCGCCUGGCUGCUUCUGAGGGAAGAAGAGGGACGGCAGGAUAGAUGGUCCCUCCUGCGGACAAGGACUUGCUACCCGUAAAGGUGCACGACUUCAGUAAACUCUUCGAAUAUGUUCUGAGUUCCCGGGAAGGCCGCAGUUAAACAGCCCUUCGUUGUGCUGGUGAUGGAUGAGGAGAGUCUGGAGGAGGCCAUCCGGGCCUACACCGCCCAGCUGCAGCAGGUGGAGCUGGCGCUGGGGGCGGGCCUGGACCCCUCCCAGCACUCGGACUUGAUUCAGUUGCAGGAGGAUUUAAAGCAGCUGAUAGAGCUGACCGAGUCCAGCCUGGUGGCUGUGAAGAAGAGCAAACUGCUGGCUACUUUAGAUACAGAUGCCCCCUCCUCGGAGCAGGACACCAAGCCCAGCAGCUCUGCCCACGAUGAGGAGUAUGCUGCCUUUAGGGAGGCCAUUGCUGAGCUUGGAGCUGAGGAGGAGCCUUUAGCUGAGAACGAUGAGGCACCAUCCAAGGGAGAUGGAGAAACUGGUGACAAAGAUGAAUCAAAGCACAGUGAAGAGGAGGAGUCUGACAAAGAGGAGGAGGAGGAGGAACUGAGUGGGAUGAAGGUUAAAGCCCCCUACUACAGUUCUUGGGGGACCCUGGAGUACCACAAUGCCAUGAUUGUGGGGACAGAGGAGUUGGAAGAUGGCAGCCCAGGGGUCCGGGUGCUGUACCUCUACCCCACCCACAAGGCCCUGAAGCCCUGUCCCUUCUUCUUGGAUGACAAGUGCAGAUUUAAGGAGAACUGUCGGUUUUCCCAUGGCCAGGUGGUCUCCAUAGAGGAACUUCAGCCCUUCCAGGAGCCCGACCUGGGGGCUCUGGGGGUGGGUUCAUCCUGCCUGGCCAAGCACAGCGACGGGAUCUGGUACACGGCCCGGAUCGUGGACAUAGACAGUGGUUACUACACAGUGAAGUUUGAUUCCCUGCUCCUCAAGGAAGCAGUUGUGGAAGGGGACAGUGUCAUCCCCCCCCUGCGCAGGGAGGAGGGGGCUGAGUCUGAUCAGUCUGAUGAGGACAGUGUGGAUGACUCUGGUUAUGCCAAAGUGAUCGAUUCGGGAGGCGCGGGGAGCGGGGAGUGGGCUCCUGCCUGCAGCUCCUCCUUCGGGGGCUGGGAAGCCCACACCCGCGGCAUCGGCUCCAAGCUGCUCAUGCAGAUGGGAUACGAGUUUGGGAAAGGGCUAGGGAAGAAUUCUGAGGGCCGAGUGGAGCCGGUGCAGGCCGUGGUACUUCCUCGAGGGAAGUCCCUCGACCAGUGUGUGGAGGUGCUGCAGAAGAAGAGGCUGGGGAAGCUGGACCCAGGGAAGCCAGGGAAGUGCAGAGGGAAGGGAAGCGGCUCCGGGCAGCGCCCCGGGGGCAGCCACCGCCCCCGGCACAACGUGUUUGACUUCCUGAACGAGAAACUGCGAGGGAAGAGCUCUGGGGAGAAGGCUGGAGGGAUGGCCCUGCCCCAGAGGAGCAGCAAGGAGAUCUACCGUGCCAGCAAGAGCACCAAGAAGGCCCUGAGUGUCCGUCUCUUCCAGACCAUGGAGAAGAUCGAGCAGACGCAGAGGAAUAUCAGGGGGAUCCAGCAGGCCCUGGCACGCAACGUCGGGCGGCACAGCGUUGCUGCAGCUCAGCUGAAGGAGAAGCUGGCCAGUGCCCACCAACAGCUGGGGCAGCUGCAGGCCCAGGAGGCCUCUCUGCAGCGGGAGCAGAAGAAAGCAGAAACGCACAAGAAGAUGACCGAAUUCUAGUCUCUGAGAAGGACAUUUGAGUGCAGUGAUUGUCCUUCCAGCCAGCCCUGGUGCUCGUGGCCUCAGAGCCAGGGUGAGCCAUCCUGCUCCUCUGGGCUUUGGGCUGCCCAGCCUGAAAACUGGGCUGAGAAGCAGUAGCAGCUUCUAAAAUUCGGCACUUGGGGCAGAAGUGCUCGCCCACCAGCCCUGAAAGGCUUCACUGAGCCUGACCUGUGUGAGGACCAGCUACAAGAAACACAAUUCUCUGCUCUCUUGCACACUCCUUCCCUUGGCUGUCGCUGUGGCAGCACCUCCAUCCAGGCUGUGGCUGCUCAGGUGGUGAUACUGGUGGCAAGGAAGCAGCUGAGGAGGGGCUCAGGCAGCCCCACAUCCUGCCAGCAGCUGUGGCUUGUGCUUGCAGCCAACUGAGGAGCUGAAGGGGAGGCAGGGUCCCCAGCAUCUCCAGCAACACAGAGCAGCCUCAUACUGGGCCAGAGCAACCCAGGCCUCAGCUGCUCCUUGCCUCAUGGUGUGUGCCUUGGGGUUGUCUGAGAGCUCUGGUUUCCGGGGAGCAGGUUCCUGUGGCCCUUGUGUCAUGGAUAGAUGGAAAAGUGGCAGCUUGGAGGUGGGUGCUGGGGAUCUUGGGCAUCAGAUUUCACCCCUUUUGACUAAAGGAGUGUCCCUGGGACAUGCCAGAGCCCUACUCCCUGGCCUGGCACAGGAAGCUGGUGGCUCCUCAAUUGAGUGCCAGAGCUGGGGGGAUAAGGCAGCAGAGUAAUAGAUCUCAAACCUCCUGCCAACUCCACAGGGAAUCUCCUGAGUUUUGCCAUCAUUACUGAAGUUUCUCUGCCCGAGGUGGCUCACUCAACACAGCUCCUUUUAUUUAAAAACCCCAGGACCCAGAUCCAGGCCCAGGUUGUGCUCCAGAGGAGCACAGAGCUCAGGAGGAGCUUCAGGCUCUGCUGCCAGCAGGCCCAGCCAGCCCAGGGCCCUUCCCUGCAGCAUGGGCAGUUCCUGGGCAGGAGGGAUGUCUUCUCCCCUGGGUGGUGUUCUGUGUUGGCAGCAGCCAGUCCUUGCCCCAGAGGAGACAGUUGUUUCAUCAGUGUUUCUGGUGGGACUUGCGCAUUUUUUACCAAAAAAAAAAAAAAAAAAGGUUGGUGAUCUCAUGCCAGUGUGGUAAGGACACAUUUUCUUUUAAGAAAUUAGAUUCCUUUUAUUGUGUGAGUCAUUUUCAUAAUGAAAAGUUUUGCUCCUUUAGUACCACCUUUCUUAUCUGUUCGUAAGAAAACUUCCAAAGCUUCAGCCCGGGCAGGGUCAGGCUGCCAAACUAACCAGAAAGUCUAAGGCUGCAGGAGAUACCAUCAGAGCUGUUCAAGUCAUGUGGGACCUGGCAUGGCUGCAGACACACCCCAGAAACAGAGCAGCAGCAGAGAUGAACAAGAUAAACAUCUUCAGGAGACAUGGUGGUGACGGGUGACUUUCCUCCUGGAAAGCACUUGGAUGCUCUGGGGUGGGCACAGUGUUGGGAAGGUGGUGAGGGCUGCCCUGAGCACUUUGCAUCCAUCACUUCCUGACAAACUUGGCUGCACUGUCUUCAUUGUUCUGAAUGUGUGUUCUCCACUUACUGGGGCUUCACUGGAGGGUUUGACAAUGGUCACUCAGUGCUCUUCCCUCACAAGUGGCUUCUUGUUUCCCUCACUUGAGUGGUGACAAGGAUGAAUGUGCCCGACUUGCGGGUGCUCGCUGCCCGUGGCUGGGGAGCUGAGCUGGGCAGACAAAUUCCCUGGAUUUGUUUUGUGCUCUCACACUAUUUCACAUCAUCCUCUCUUGAAGAAUGGGGUGUAUCACCCUGUGUCUUGGCGAAGUCCUAUUUUGCCUUUCCCUUGCGGGUUUCCAGCUCUCACUUGCCAGGCUCCUGUUCCGAUGGCUCCACCCAAGACAGUUCACGUCCCCGGUGAAUAAAGGUGGUUUUAAUUUUUCCCCUC